UGUCGUGCUCUCUCCCGGCCUCUCCAGAAAAUGCCUUUCCACCUUCUUCUACCUCCCCCACCCCCUCCUUCAGCCCAUUCCUCUCAACCCAUUUCGCGCACACCCUCAGUUCGUUUUGCGCUACCGCGGAGGGAGGAGCAUCGACGAGCAACGCCGGCGAAGAGAGUCCCCAGCGCGCACCCCUCGCCCGUUCCGGAUGGCUGAGCAAUUCUACACAGUGGCAUCUGACAGUGAAACCACCGGGGACGACAAAGCACCACAAUCAUUCCCUGAUGUUGCUAUCGGCAUUGAUAUUGGCACUUCAAGAUGCAGUGUUGCAAUUUGGAAUGGUCAUCAAGUGGAGCUGAUGAAAAACACCCGUAGCCAGAAAGGGAUGAGGUCAUAUGUCAUGUUCAAAGAUGACACCCUUUCAGCGGGUGUUACUGGAGGAGCAACCAAGGAGCACGCACACGAGGAAAGAGAUAUCUUGUCAGGAAGUGCAAUAUUUAACAUGAAGCGUUUAAUCGGGAGAAUGGACACAGAUGAAGUGGUUCAAGCUAGCAAGACUCUCCCUUUCCUUGUGCAGACACUGGGCAUUGGUGUGAGGCCAUUUAUUGCCGCUCUGGUCAACAAUAUGUGGCGCUCCACAACUCCUGAGGAAGUUCUUGCCAUCUUUCUUCUUGAAUUGAAGGCCCUGGUGGAAAUGCAUCUCAAGCAUCCAGUGAGGAAUGCUGUUCUAACCAUCCCAGUUGCAUUCAGUCGCUUCCAGCAGACCAGGAUCGAGAGAGCAUGUGCAAUGGCUGGACUGCAUGUGCUGAGGCUUAUGCCAGAGCCCACUGCUGUUGCUCUUUUGUAUGCUCAGCAGCAGCAGCAGCUUAUGCAAGAUAACAUGGGAAGUGGCAUUGAGAAAAUCGCCCUGAUAUUUAACAUCGGUGCUGGCUAUUGUGACGUUGCGGUGUCUGCCACUGCUGGAGGUGUUUCUCAGAUAAGAGCACUCGCAGGUUGCACCGUUGGUGGAGAGGACAUUCUUCAGAACGUAAUGCGCUACCUUCUACCCGACUAUGAUAGCUUAUGUGACAAUGCUGGUCCAACCACGGACAGGAUCAAGUCAAUGGGUUUACUGCGAAUGGCUACUCAGGAUGCGAUUCACAAACUGGCUUCCCAGGAAAGCACUGAGAUCAAUGCAGACCUGGGUAAUGGCCUGAAAGUGUCCAAGCUGCUGAGUCGUGCAGAGUUUGAACAGGUGAACCAGGCGAUCUUUGAGAAAUGCGAGAGGAUCAUCAAGCAAUGCCUGUCAGAUGCAAAGUUAACGCCAGAGGACAUCAACGAUGUGAUCUUGGUUGGAGGGUGUUCCAGAAUUCCCAAGAUCAGAAGCCUUGUCCUGGGAUUGUGCAAGAAGGGAGACUCUUAUGGAAGCAUCGACGAUCUUGAAGCCGCUGUUUCAGGUGCUGCACUGGAAGGAGCCAUUGCUUCAGGAGUCACCGACCCUUCAGGGAGCCUGGAUCUGCUGACGAUUCAGGCGACCCCGAUGAACCUCGGGAUCCGUGCCGACGGGGACGACUUUGCAGCCAUCAUUCCAAGGAACACCGCUGUCCCGGCUAGAAGGGACAUGCUGUUUACAACAACGCAGGACAACCAGGCCGAGGCGCUGAUCGCCGUCUACGAAGGCGAGGGGGAGCAGGCGGAAGAGAACCAUCUCCUGGGGUACUUCAAGAUCACCGGCAUCCCGCCGGCGCCCAAGGGUGCCGUCGAGAUCAGCGCCUGCAUGGACAUCGACGCCGGCAACGUCCUCAGGGUGUUCGCUGGGGUCGUGAAGCCGCAAGGCGAGGCCACCCCGCCGUUCAUGGAGGUGAGGAUGCCCACGCUGGACGACGGCCAUGGCUGGUGCGGGCAGGCCCUGGCCAAGAUGUACGGCAGCAAGCUCGACCUCGCUGUUCUUCCUAAGAAGCUGCACCCGUAAGUGCUUUGCUCAUCAAUUUUUCGAAGAAAAAAAUUGCUUUGCUUGUGACUUUGUGAGACUGGCUGUGUACUCUAGUAAAUUAGGUCGCGGAUGGUGGUUUCGACGAUGUAUCAUGUCGUGUGAGAUCUCUAUGUGGUACAUGUAGACAAAUAAAUGCCAGUGUUGUCUGUGUACAAUAGUGUCUUGCGUGUAAAAUGGGAUGUUGCUAGUUGUACAAAUAAGGGAUGUCUAAUUUAGACACCUUUGGUCUUUAGAAUUUCCUCAAGGCCUCAUUCGGUUCGGAGGAUUUUUAUAGAAAAACAUGGGAACAAGGAUUCCAAAGGAAAAUUUU